AUGGCCCACUCCCAGUUUAACGGCUACAAUGCGUUUUUCGUGCCAGCCUUCGACAUCGUCGCCACCACCCUCUCUCUGCUCACCGUCGCCGAGUCUUCCCCCAAUGCUACCACCCUUCUCACUGCACGCACCCACGAAACUAUGAUUCCCUUCAGCGGUCAAUGUGGCAUCAUCGCUACUUGUAUCGACAAACUCGUCUCACGUGUCUGCGACAUAUCGCCUCAAGGCUGGGGUUACCACGACGCGCUACCAUCCUACGCUACCGUGCGCGGACGUCUGCACGCCGCGCAGGCGCUCCUCAAAAACGCGGACCAGGACACAGUUAACACCAGUAUCGCCACGGGUACCCUGACGUUGCCCUUGGACGACGGGGAGGCGGAGGUGCCGCUUCACACUUACGUUACGUCGUUUAAUAUGUCGUACCUCUUCUUUCACCUAGUGACAGCGUAUAACAUUCUACGCAAGGAGGGCGUAGAGCUGGGCAAAAAUGGCUAUAUGCUGGUUUUUAACGAGACGCUUGGCGGCAAGCCACUUUUGUGGGAGAAUUGA